AUGGGGGUGGGGACGCCGCCGCAGAACUUGACGGUGUGCUUUGACACUGGGAGUGCCAGCAUGUGGGUGCCCUCCAUGACAUGCACCACAGAGUCCUGCAACCGCCACUCCAAAUUCGAAUACAAAAGCUCCUCAACCUACCAGGCUGCAAGUGUGUCUUUCACAAUCACAUACAAGAACGGCCACGUGGGGGGAAAUGUGGGGAGUGACACGCUGACCAUCACUGACUCACCCCUGGUGCUGACCAAUCAGACACUGGGCCUCACUGAUUCGUCCUCCCUCGACUUCACCAAUGCCUCCUGCGACGGCAUCUUUGGGCUGGCGCUGCCGGCACUUGCGAAGGACGCGUGGCAGAUGCCGGCAUUCUUCCGCAUGAUCCAGCAGGGCAUGCUCCGCGACCCCGUCUUCAGCGUCUGGAUGGAUCCAAACCCAAACGCGGUGCCAGCUGGCGAGGUUCUGUUCGGCGGCGCCGACCCCUCGCGCUUCACCGGCCACCUGCACUUCAUCCGCGUCAUCUCCCAGAAGCAUUGGGUGGUUCCCAUGAACAGCACGGUGUAUGUGAAUGAGGACCCGGUGGAGCUGCGAGCAUUCCAGGCAGUGCUGGAUACAGGAAGCUCUGUCAUCACUGCCAGCACUGCAGACGCCAACACCAUCAAUGCGGCUAUUCCUGGGCUGGAGUAUGCUGCAGAGGACAACCUCUGGGUGGUCCAGGGGGGCUGCCAGAAUGUGACCAGCCUGCCCAACAUCACCCUCUUGCUGGCAGGCACCCCCUAUGUGCUCACCCCCGAGCAGUACGUCCUCCAGGUGUAUCACAGGCCGGGCAAUGAGGUCACAGAGCUCUUCUGCAUGUCUUCCAUUGUGGGUGGCGGCCCCCUGUACACGAUAGUGCUGGGCGCAAACUUCCACCGAGCCUACUACACUGUGUAUGCCUACGACGCGCGCACAAACACUCCCACGGUGGGUUUGGCUGCUAAUGUACGUUCCUGGUCGGCCUCUGCAUCGCCGGACAGGACGCCUAUACAGAACCUGACAUACAUGGCACAUGGGCUGAAAGUUCCCUCUGAGGCUCCGCCACCUGGCGCUGACUCAACCGACUUAGAAGGAACGCUGUUGGCUGCCGCGCCGUUUGUGGAUGAGUCAGCAUGGCAGCUGCUGAGUCAGAGCGACGGGCCCAUGCAUGUGCCUGGGCAGCCCACAAAUCUAGCUGCUGUCAAACCGGCGGACGCAGCUUUGAAGAAUGUGGAUGUGCAGUUGCACAGUGCUGCUCAGAGCGCCCAGAUUCAGGACAGUACUGGCCAUGCUUAG